UACACCUAUUUAUUCUGGCAGUACGGGAAGUCGUUCGACUAAUUGUAGGUUUCAAUACCUACGUGGAAGUCCUACCCAUCGAUACGUAUGGCAAACUAGGAAACCCUUUCCAUUAAACAUCGUCAACAAUGCCGCGAUGUCGCUUCAGCAAACCAACUCGUCGGCGGCACGAUCACGAUCGUUACGCGUCCCCGCCAAAUCUGCCUUGACCGCCCCUCAGCCUGUCUCAGCUACCAUCACCUCAGCUCAGAUACCUACCACUACAUCGAACACAGCCCUAUUCCUUACAAAUCUACGUCUCCUAGACCUCGAUCUCGAACCCGAUUGGCCGGGAAUAAAUCUUGCAACUUUCUCUACGAAGGAUGCUGCGAGUGGGCAGAAGAAGCGGAUUCAGUGUGUAGAAUGGGCUCUAUACCAACUUUUUGCACUCUGGGAUCCCAAUGAGACUCAAAAUAAAUUACGCCCAUUCUUCCCGCCCCUCGACCAGAUUCAGUCUACCAACCUCCGGGCCGCUCUUCUCCGCGGCCUCGAACAAGCCAAGAAAAAUGGCGUGCUUGGUCGUGAUGCGGUGUUACGGAAAACUAUGCUAGACGAGUGUAAAGGCGAGCGACUCGAAGAAGUUCUGGCUGUAUUUUCCUCGGCAGUGUUGAAGAAGUUGGUGGCAGAGCGAGCGCUUAAUUCGGGACCUGAAUACCGACCUACUGUCUCGGAAAACAUUUCGUUGGAGAACUGGGGUUACUCCGGAGACCGUACGGAACUCAAUACACUACUACUAGCCCACAAAGCAUCUCUGCGUUCCCUAUUAACGAGGAAGGAUGCUGCGCGAGAGAAGUAUCGUGAUUUCGAAAAGUUAUUGGCUUCCAAGGAACAGGGUCUCAGCCAACGAAAAGAGCAAGUCAAGGCAGACACCGAACGAAGUGUGGCGGAAACAUCGGAAAAGGCGAAGAAAGAGGUCUACAAAAUUGUAAAGACUAAUUGGACCGGAAACGACCAAUGGAUCGAUUCAUUACUUUUUAACGGUACUCCUUCGCGCAAGGGUGGGCUCUUGGGUAGCAAGUUUGACGAUGUCUGGGCUGGUGUUCGAGAGGGGAGAAUUUCUGACCUCGAAGACCAGAAUUCUGGUCUCUUAGAGCAGCUGGACAAUCGAGUUCGCCUCCAGAAGGCAAGGUUGGAGAAAUGGGAUGAUUUUCGAAAGAAGAUGUUUGGAAAUAUGCCACCGCCGCCUGCAGAGGGCUCGAAAGAUAAGGGCAAGUCAAAGAGUAUUGAUCUCGGCUUCACAGCUCAUCUGGGAUUAAGCAUCGACCCGGCAGAAAUAAAAGACAGGGUUCCUCUCAGCGCCCCGCCCCCGCAAUACGCCAGUAUUCUUAGCAAUAUGAAAACCGAGCUUGACGCUAUCGGAAAACCGAAAAUUCCCGACUUUUCUAAUCUUCUCAGAGGUCCGAGGAGGAGCUCGGUCAUUGAUACAAACUCAGACCUUGCAAUACCCCAGUCAACAACUGAUCCAAUUUCCGAUAUUAGUGAAUGGGAGGAAGAGCCCGAGGAUAUACAACCACCUGAGAAGAUUGCAAAGCUUCCAGUUGGACGUCGUUACCGCCUUAACUCCACCAAACCUACUGUUGAAUCCAAAGGGCAAAUACCGAAAAUAUCUCUAUCUAAAGCCUCUUCAUAUAAUGAAGAUGCUAAAGACCUCUGUCUAUCACCUGAAUUUGACAAUCCAGGAUUUGCAAUCCCUCAAUCUUUCACUUCAGCAAAGUCUUUGGGUAAAAGACAGGAGUCAGCCGAGCCAGAGAGCACCGCAUCAUUUUCAACCUCUUAUACGGAGCCUUCCCGCGAUGCCUCGCCCACGGAGCUGACACAGCCGAGCAAGACAUUCGAUGCCAUACCACCUUCGCCAGGUCCUGUUUCUCCCACCCAAGCCAUGGCCGAUGAGAUAUUGGCAAAUAUGCUAAAUGCAUCACCAUCUCCAAUGAAGAAACACCGACACACCUUAUCUUUAGCCGAGAGAACACGGAUGUCCAUGACACGCACGAUGUCCUACGAGAGAGAUGAAGACCUAACCCAACUAUCCCCCAUAAAACCGAGCCAUGUACAAAGUAGCUCUGAUAAUACUACAAGUCACCCUGCCGAAAGAGGCGAAGAAUACGAGGACCUAGUAGCCCGAACCCGACGAUCUAUGGCAGGCUUUGAAGCCGCCCAACAGAAAGCGCGAUUAGAAAGGAGACGGUCAGAGAGGAAGAGCAAGAUACUACCGAAGAAAGAUAACUACUUCCCUAGAUUGGAAGAAGAGAAUAUGAAUGAUACGUCAAUCGCCGAAGAGCUUAUGGAAGACGAUGAAGUAGAUUACGAGGCUGUUUUCAAGAGCAGGCCCCGCGUUCAAACAAGCCCUUUGCCUAGCCCGUCGAAGCCUUGGAAUGGGCAGUGAAGGAUGAGAGGGAUACGAUUUUUAUGUGAUGAGAAUGAUGGUUAGUUGAUACGGAUAGCAUGAUACCAAAUUGAUUUUUCCCGCUACAAUGAAUCGUUUCUCAGUCAGUACCUAAUAUGUGGCUUAGGUAAUAAGUCGUGCUUACAUAAUAGGUCACUGACGGCUUUAGUCAGCACUGUGUUUUGCUUACGAGAGUUCUUAGUAAUCUUUACGAAAAGAAACUGAUAUCGUUAAUAUUUCAGCAACACCCUACACAACUACCUAUAUAUACACGCUCGCCGGCUCAUUUAUAAAACAACAAAGCCCUCGUCUCAAUACUCUCCCUAGCCCCCGCGCCCUCCUGCUCCGGGUCCUCAAACGCACUGUGCGGCGCCCGUCGCGCGGGGAUGGUCGUGUCGGAAUCGAAGCAUUUUAUUAGGAGCACGUCGGACGGUUGUUGCGAGUGCUUGUAGUACCAGCGGUGUGUGGACCCUGGUUUUAUUGUCCAUGUCUCGUCGCGGUCUCGUGGGUAUACUAUUCCGGCGGCGACUAGGUCCUCGUCGGGGAUCGAGGUCGCGUCGGCGGUUGCGAAGGGGUCUUUGAGGAUUGGUUUGAUGGGACGCCAGAGCUG